UCACCUGCAUGGAACGAUUACGCGGAACAACAACAUUAAUUGUAAGCAAUUUAUAUGAAAGGAUACUACGUCAAGUUCACGGAACAUUUUAACGUCGGAUACGUGAGCAAUAUUCGGCUAAAAAAAUUAAUAAAAAUAAUCUGGACGUCGACGGAAGUUGAUUGAUCGUCUGAACCGCGUUUAAUGCAUGCGUUUUCUGAUGAAAACAAACCAAUCUCAUUUGCAUUUGUGGUUGUAAGUGAGCUGUCAGAGAGCCUAAUUGUAAACAACCGGAUUUCUUCGAGAAUGCUUCUUAUGUUAAAGGAUCUACAGAUUAUGUUAUUGUUAUAAUUUGCGAAACGAAAAUGUUUCGUAAAGUUGUGGUUGGAAUAUCUGGAGGAGUUGAUAGUGCCGUCACCGCCUAUUUGUUAAAAAAGAAAGGGUAUAAAAUACAGGGGGCAUUUAUGAAGAACUGGGAUCUAAUAGAUGAAUCCGGUUAUUGCUCCGGAGAACAGGACUGGAUAGAUGCACAAAAGCUUUGCCGCCAACUGAACAUCCCCUUACAACAGGUAAACUUCGUUAAAGAGUACUGGCUAGAAGUGUUUGGAAACUUUUUAGCAGAUUACAACAUUGGAGUCACACCUAAUCCAGAUAUUUUAUGCAACAAGCACAUUAAAUUCAAUUUAUUUUUCAAGCAAGCUCGUGAGAAAAUGGGAGCGGAUGCAAUAGCCACUGGUCACUACGCUAGAACCAAUUUUGGACCCUUCCUCGAAAAUUAUGAUGCAAAAUCGAAGGUUCAUUUAUUAACUGGCUUGGAUGAAAUUAAAGAUCAAACUUUUUUUUUGUCACAAAUUAGUUCUGAAGCAUUACGCUAUACCAUGUUCCCAAUUGGUGGUAUGAGAAAAGCGGCUGUGAAGCAAUUGGCGAUUGAUGUUGGAUUGAGUUGGUUUGCAAAGAAAAAGGAAAGUAUGGGAAUCUGCUUUGUUGGUAAGCGCAGCUUCCAAGACUUCAUAGCUGAAUACAUCGAAUCAAAACCCGGCGAUUUUGUAGAUUUCAAUACAGGUAAAGUUGUUGGUAGGCACAAGGGUAUCCACCAUUGGACUGUCGGUCAAAAAGCUAAAAUAGGAGGUUGUCUGAGACCAUAUUAUAUUUUCCAAAAAGAUGUUCACAAUAAUGUUAUUUAUUUGGCAUCUGGAAUAGAUAACCCUCUUUUAAUGACAGAUAUGUUGUACGUCGAAAAACCUGUAUGGAUAAAUAUGCCUACGCAACUUGAAAACGAUGUUUGGAAUUGUGAGUUUAGAUUCCAACAUACGAAACCUUUAGUGCCAUGUAGCAUAAUCGCAACUGACGAUCGAGGAGACCAUCUAUUCGUCAAACUGGAUGUGCCACUCACUGCAAUUACACCCGGGCAAUAUGCUGUAUUUUAUAAGCACGGUGAAUGCUUUGGCAGCGCGAGAAUAAUUAAACCAGGACCAUCAAUGGUUUACAGUCAACGAUAGCAUAUUUGUUGAUAUCUUGUUCUAGAAAAUACAGGAGUAUGCCGAAAUUUCAA